AUGGAAAACGCUCUGGAGACUGCCUCAGCCCUUAUACUCUGCCUCAGUUAUUCUUUCAGCACAUCUCCUUACUGUCGGCAGCAGGUUCUCUCAGCCCUCUCUUACGGUGUCGCUCUAGUGCCAAUCCUACUGGAGAAUAGUUAUCAUCCAGAAGCUUGGUUACACUAUCUCCUUGCAACUGUCAUCUACACACCCUUCACGGAGAAGGAAGAUUUCGCGGAAUCUACCGAGGCUCUUUCUUGUGCCCUAACCAAAUAUGGCAUUGUGAGGGAGGUAUCAAAUGCGGAAAUCGUUCCAGAGAGUGUCAGUUCUUCGGAAGUUGCCGCCUCCACCGCAACUAUUUCUAUUGCUAAUCCCUAUCGCUCAUUGGCGAUGAGGAAUCAUGGGGGACGUGGAUUUUCCAUUCCAUUAUUAUCAGGCGAACGAGUGACACAGUAG